AUGCCCGACACGCCCGAGCCGGAUGUCUCCAAUCCUGUACAACCUUGUCCCACCAUGCCCUUCCCCUCCUGCAAAUCCGAGUGCAUCCCCGGUGACGGACUAAACGUUCGUGAUGACGGAGACGUGAGACUGGACACGGGAACAUGGAACGAUGGGGCCCAGACCGCCGCCAUUGAACAACUGGUCACACUCAAACAGGGGUUGAGGAUAUCCGACACAGAGCUGUUCUGGAAACGGCUCAUGGAGGAUGUCACAUCGAUCACAAAAGCCCAGUAUGGAUUCGUAGCUCGGAGAGUUCAUGGGAGUGAUCCUUUACCAGAACUAGACGGGCGGCGCCCGUCGCUUUUUGGUACGGCUUUCUACUUCAAUGAUGGCUACCAAAAUGUUGGUCUGCAGCGGAACAGGUAUUUUGCGGGCGGGAACCCCUUGUUGCAUAUGGAUCAUGAACGACCAUGUUUGAUCCCCGAAAAUCUCAGCUCACUUGUCUCGUUCGGCGAUGAUCAAUUACCAUUUGCCGCCGAUGGAUAUCUGGCGAUUCCGCUUUUUUCGGCUGGAAAGUGCCUGGCGCACCUCGGAUUGAUGUGGUCGAAAGAAGGCCUUCGGCAUCGAAACCUGUCAUGGUCUUUUCUGGAGAUGAUCCUCCAUGCACUCGAAGACCUCGUCGUACAACGACUUCAACCCGGAGAAAUGAUGCUAGAUGAAUUGAUCUCACCCAUGACGCACACCCCGGAUUUCCAGAACCCUCACACCGCCGCCUUCCAUGAACCCUCCGAUUUCACCUCACAGCCCCUCAAACCAUAUGCAAGAAGCUUGUCCCAUGAACUCAGAACCCCAAUGCAAGGGGUGGUGGGUAUGCUCGAUGUCAUGCACGCCACAGUACGAGAGGCUAUGGAGAGCAAGACACCUAUCAAGUCGGGCGGGAUUUUCCAAGCUCUCAAAGAAGGGAUCGAGAUGGUCCAAGAUAGUGCGAGACGUGCCGUCGAAGCGGCUGACAACGUUGUUCAUGCGUAUGAUCUCAACAUGCAGAUUCCUAAAACACCGCUCCGUGAGGAAGCUGAAAUUCUGGGCCAACCUGCAAUCCCACCUGAAAUCCCUGAAACCCACGUUCCCGAAACCCAUGGUCCCGAAACUCGCCCGAGCAUCUUCAUUGAAGGAAGCAACAUCGCUGUAAACCCAUACAAACGGCGGCGAAGCUUACCGCUGGAAACGAAUACACGUCCUGUACGCAAACAAAGACUUCGUGCUGCUUCGUCACGACAGGAGCUUUCGCCUCGCAGCGAAGAAGUCAAGAAUGCUGUGCACGAAAGCGAUCAGAUUGUCCAUGCUACGCCUGCCCGACAGAUCGAGGCUGUCAUGGCCAACAUGGUCGACCCACGCCCUUCGAUUGCUGUACGUCGAUCUGCACCGCACUUACUCCUGGAAGGUAUCAACGUCAACUUACGGGGCUCUGCUUUGCGCUUCACCAAAUUGCGGGAUCUUCUCCGCCUAGUGAUCAACGAAUCUCUUCACGUUGGUGGCCGACCAGAUUCUGCCGUUAGCAAUGCAACCGACUAUGGAGAGAGAAUCGAGAUCCGGUCACGAUCCUCAAAUGGCGAGUUGUUCACCAAAGUCGUAGACUGGUCUGUGGAUCCAGCAUUGCCCGACACUCUUCUUGCCGAUGACCGUGAUUUAGCCAAGCUGAUCUCCUGUGUCUUCUUGAACGCAAUUAAGUUCACAAACAACGGUACUAUCACUGUGUGGGCAACCAUCGACCCUCAAAGAAACGACGUGCUUAUUCUUGUCCGCGAUACUGGCCCGGGAAUUCCUGCUGCAUUCUUACCAAAUCUUUUCAAGCCAUUUGCCCGUGAGGAUGCUUCGACCACCAGGAGCAAAGACGGCCUCGGCCUCGGCCUUCUCGUAGCCAAAGGUCUCUCUCGCAAAAUGGGUGGCGACUUGACCUGUGUUCGCUCGUCGACUUCGGGUCCUCAGCGAGGCACAGAAUUCAGAAUUCGAAUCCCGGUUAACCAACGCGAGGCGGAACAUCAUCCCGCAACACCUGGCGAGAACCCAUAUGACCAAACUCGACAUAGCAGUACCAGCAGCCUUUUGUCCGAUCCUCCCUCCUUCAGUUCCCCAUUCAUCCUCCCCCAAAAUUUCCAGCUGCAGCAACCGACCCCAAGUUCUAGCGACGAAAACAUGUCUCAAAGCCCAACACCUCCACGACCAUUAUCCCAACCCCGUCUGCAUCGGACCCAUAUCUCCGGAGAUGCUUACGAUAAGAAGCUCGGAGAGAAAUACCCGUUGCGUUUCCUUGUCGCCGAAGACAAUCGAAUCAACCGGCGUGUGCUGGUGAACAUGUUACGCAAACUUGGCUACCGAGAUGUCCUCGAAGCAGCAGAUGGCAAAGAAGCUGUCCAGAUCGUCGAAGGCAUUCUAUCUGCAUCAAAGACCUCUAAUGAGGUUGAUGUCGACUCCAACCCCUCGAACAAAAUGCAAGGUGUCAUCAACGAGGCCCCUCCAGCACCAAAAAUGAAAGCGAUCGAUGUUGUGUUGAUGGAUCUCUGGAUGCCUGAAAUGGAUGGAUAUGAAGCCACCUCUCGCAUUCUCCAAAUGGUCAACGAUAAUCGCAAUCAACACGCCGCCUUUGAGCCCAACCGCAACAGCCCCGACUCCAUGGAAAUGGAUUCAACCCCUAAUACCUACUGUGCGCCACCACCUCCGACCGUCCUCGCCGUCAGUGCGGACGUCACCGACGAAGCAUUGAACCGUGCUUCCAGGGUUGGAAUCAAAGGCUACAUGACGAAACCCUACAAACUCUCCGACCUUGAACGACUGAUUCUUGAAUUCUGUGGCGAUGCCGGCAAGCCCGUUGCCUCAUUUCCAGUAUAG